GGGUGGGCUGCAGACCCUGGGCUCGGGCAGCGCGGGGGCCAAAGCCGUGGGCGGCUGAGGGCACGUGCGGCUGACAUCGUCCGGCUGAACAAAGGGACCUCCAGCCGGGGAGGCCGGAGCCCUGCCCCAUUCGCUUUGCGGUCGCCUUGGACUUGCAGCCUCACCUUGGGCCACUUCCAGCCAUGAAGCUCCUUUUGCUGACUCUGGCUGCACUGCUGCUCUUGUCCCAGCUCACACCAGGAGGCACCCAAAAAUGCUGGAAUCUUCAUGGCAGAUGCCGCCAGAAAUGCUCCAGGAGAGAAAGGGUCUAUAUCUACUGCACAAAUAAUAAAUUGUGCUGUGUGAAGCCCAAGUUCCAGCCAAGAGAACAGCUAUGGCCAUUUUAAGUUCUUUGAAGCCUGAAGCCAUGAAAAUGCAGAUGGAGCUGCCCUGAGUCUGAGUCCAGUGGAUUCCUAAAUUCUAUCAAUAACCACGCGUGGCUGAUCUCUGUGUGCGCCUCUGAGUCUACCCCAGCAGUUCUCAGGAAUCCCCUUCCAGGAGACGUCAAAAUAUUUUCAUAAUAAUAAUAAUAAGACAGUAUUUGCCUUUUUCAGUCUCACUGUCUCACAAGUGUGCUGUGGAAUCUUCUGGAAUUUAUGUGACAUAUGAUGAUAUCAUUGUUCCGUCAGCUAAUGAAAAGUAUGUUUAUGUAUCCUUAUGUUUCUAGAAUUCUUUAAGGUAGCAGACUUACAGCAUGAGGGGGGUCAUUUUCAGAGAUUAACUCAGGUUGUUCUCGAUAAUUCUAUUGUGCUCUUACUAGCCAUCAUUAGUUACAUUAUUAAUCUCUGUAACCUCGUGAUCAUCUAAUAAUAAAUCACUACUUUGAAA